GGCCCGCCAAGAUGGCGGCCUCCAGCGUCGCUCUGCUGGCGGUAUCCGUAACCCUGCCGCUGCUGCUGCUGCUGCUGCUGUUGCUGGUGGCGUGGAAGCGCUGGCGGUGGGGGCGCGCGUCCCGACACGUGAUGGUCGUGGUGCUGGGCGACCUGGGCCGCAGCCCUCGCAUGCAGUACCACGCGCUGUCGCUGGCCAAGAACGGCUUCUCCGUGACCCUCCUGGGGUUCUGCAACUCCAGACCCCGUGAGGAGCUCUUGCAGAGCGACAGAAUUCAGAUUGUGAGUUUGACAGAACUUCCGAGACUUACAGUUGGGCCCCACAUUCUCCAGUAUGGAGUCAAAGUUGUAUUUCAGGCAGUGCACUUGCUGUGGAAGUUGAUGUGCAGGGAUCCAGCCGCCUACAUCUUUCUCCAGAACCCUCCAGGCCUGCCUGCCAUUGCCGUCUGCUGGUUCGCGGCCUGCCUCUGCGGGAGCAAGCUCGUCAUCGACUGGCACAACUAUGGCUACUCCAUUAUGGGGCUGGUGCACGGCCCCGGUCACCGCCUCGUUCUGCUGGCCAAGUGGUACGAGAAGCUCUGUGGCCGCCUGUCCCACCUGAACCUGUGUGUGACCAACGCGAUGCGGGAAGACCUGGCAGAGAACUGGGGCAUCAAAGCUGUGACCGUCUAUGACAAGCCGGCAUCUUUCUUUAAAGAGACGCCCUUGGACCUGCAACACCAGCUCUUUAUGAAGCUGAGCCGCAUCUACUCCGCAUUCAGGGCCCGCUCAGAGCCCUCGGACUCGGACAUGGAGCGGUCGGCCUUCACAGAGCGGGAUGCCCAGAGGGCAGUGGUGACCCACCUUCACGGGCGGCCAGCGCUGUUGGUCAGCAGCACCAGCUGGACAGAGGAUGAAGACUUUUCCAUCUUGCUGGCAGCGUUAGAAAAAUUUGAACAGCUGAUCAACGAUGGAGAAAGCCUCCCUUCUCUGGUCUGUGUUAUAACAGGCAAGGGGCCACUGAAGGAGUAUUACAGCCACCUCAUCUGCCAGAAGCGCUUCCAGCACAUCCAGGUCUGUACCCCGUGGCUGGAGGCCCAGGACUACCCCUUGCUUCUAGGGUCGGCGGACCUGGGCGUCUGCCUGCACCGCUCCUCCAGCGGCCUGGACCUGCCCAUGAAGGUGGUGGACAUGUUCGGGUGCUGCCUGCCCGUGUGCGCCGUGAACUUCCCGUGCUUACACGAGCUUGUGAAACACGAGGAGAACGGCCUGGUCUUCGAGGACGCGCAGGGGCUGGCAGCUCAGCUGCAGUUGCUUCUCUCCAAGUUUCCUGAUCCUGCUGGCAAACUGAACCAGUUCCGGGAGAACCUCCGCGAGUCAGAGCAGCUUCGCUGGGAUGAGAGCUGGAAGCAGACGGUGCUUCCUUUGAUUUCGGACACAUGACCCCUCGGGGUGCCCACAGAAACCCCAGAAGUGUCUGUACUGGUGGAAAGGCCCUCACGCGGACGUCCUCCCCUCCCUCUUCCUCCCCAGAAGCCGGUCUGGUCCCCUCCUCUCCUCGCAGCCACCUCCGCUGCUGGCCAGUCCCCGGGCAAACUCUGUAGAGCAGCGCCGCCUGGUGGACGGCAGCUUAAAGGAAGGGGAAUUAAGUUACUUUAAUCUUUGGGUUUGUGGCCCGGCAAACUGGUUCUGCCUGGUUUCUUUGGAGGUGCUGAAUCUCUUCACUCGUAUUCUUUUUCAGUCUUGUGAAUCCCCCCCCACCCCCGAAUCUUAUGGCCUUCCUGUUAUUUGCUUGUGGCAUCUUCAGCUUCUCCUUGUUCCUCUUGUCUCCUGCUGUUUCUGCCUUUCUCAGCAUCCGACAGGUCAGGUAGUGUCCCUGACAUUCUGAUUUCUGUCUUGGAAACAGGUAUGCAGCCCACUGCACUGCAGGGGUUGUUAGACCGCCCAUGUGUACAGCAGGCUUGGCUCCCUGAGGGACGUGUGUCCAGGCUGGGGACAAACAGACUUUGUGUAUGUUUUUAUUUGCACAAAUGAAAUGCUUAUCACUGAGCCUUAAA